AUGGCUGAUCGCCUUCCCCAGCAGUCUUCCGCCAACUUCCCCGGCUUUAAUCCUCAACAGUCUAACGGCCUCCAGCAGCUUCUCCAACAGCUCCAGGUCGAUCCCGAGACGGCUAACCAGUCUCUCUCCGCCCGGACCCGCAUCUCGUCCCAUAUGCUUCAGCAGCAGAUGUGUCUACAGGCCGCUCAGAAUAACUUCCCUCCUCCCUCCAUAGAGCAGCAGCCAGCAACCAACCCAUUCACGAACCAGCGGAUGUCGUUUGGCCUCCCCCCUCACGUCCCUUCCUCCCCCUCCCAUGUCCAGGCUCGCGUCAUGCACCAACAAUCCGCCGAUAUAUCUAGGGGUGCGGCGUUCCCUACCACACUGCAAAUGCAGUCCCUCGCGUCGCGCAAUCCCCAGAUGCUCCAGCAGAUGCUGCACGACCAACACGCGAUGCAGAAUCACGCGCUGCAGAGCCAGGGUAACCAACAGUCGGAGCUUGUGGGCCUCGCGCACAACCCACAACCACAGAAUGGCAACCCCGCUGCCAUGGCGGCCUUGCGACAAAUGCAGCAGCAGGCACAGCAACACCAGCAGUCGCACCAGCAGUCUCAGCAACAGCAGGAACUAUACCAGCAAUCGCAGCCCCAGCAGCAACAUCAGCCCAUUCCGGAUGCCGCUCGGGGGCCUUCUGCACAGCAGAACUUACAGCAACAGUCUGGCGCACUCGCUCCUUCGCCUUCCGGCAUGCCGCAGCAGCAACAUGUCCCAAGAUGCCCGUUUUCGUUCAUGGAGCUUAGGACGCGGAUGGCCGCGCUCAAUAACACAAUUCGUGAGCUGGAACGGCAGAGACUGAAUACUCACAAUCAGAAUUUGACUAUGCCGGACGCGGCGCUCGAGGUCGAGAUCGGGAAGAUCAACGAGGAGCUCCAGCGGAGGAGAGAUCUUCUGGAAAAGCUGAGUACUGCCAUGCAACAAAUGACCAAUGCACACUCUGCCGCCCUCGCUGCAAAUCAGAGUGCACUCCGCACGUCGCCUGUCCAGUCGCAACAGCACCCUGCUGCUACCCAGAACGACCAGGGUCACCCUCAACAAGGUUGGCCGUUGCAGACAGGUGCCUCGCAGACGCCUAUGUUUCCCUUUCAGCAAUCCGCCGCGCAGAUUAUGCAAUCAGGCCCGUCGCAAGCAUCGAAGGUACCACAGAUGCCGCCACAAGGGGAGCAGAUGAACCAGUUCUCUCCGAACUCGAUUUCCAUGCAGUUCCAGCCAGGCGCUGGUCAAUCGUCUCCAAACGUGAUGUCGACGCCGUUCCCGGGUCAUGUGCCUGCCCAGGCGACGCCGCCGCCGCCGCCGCCGCAACAACAGCAGCAGCAUGCCCCAUUGCGUGUGCAGAUCCCGCCUUUGUCUGCAGAGAUAUUCAGUUCAGCGUACAAGACGUUUUGCACGAAGAACAAUGUUGUGCAUGAUCCGGCGCUUAUGUCGCACGAUGGUCGUCCGAUUGACCUGUACGCGCUCCAUGUCGAGGUAAUGAACGCGGGUUUCUAUAACCGGGUGGCUCAGAAUGACCAGUGGCCCGUGAUAGGUGUCGAGCUAGGCUUCGUACAAUUUCCUGCAAGUAACAGUGAGCCGGCCAAGUCUGGCCCGGGCGUGGCGCAACAUCUGGAGCACGUAUACAAGCAAUAUCUCCAUGCUUUUGAUUCGACAUAUCUACGUUCUUGGCUUGCCAAACGGAGCCAGCAGCAGCAACAUGACGUGCAGCAGGCCGUGGAGCAAGCGCGCAUGCACCAGAAGCUCAUUCCUGUUCAAGGUACUGUUAUGAGUGGACGCCCUCCCCAAGUUCCCCACGCAUUGCUUAGCCAAAAUGGACAGGACGCUAAUGGAGUUCCGGGUUUGGCUGGCGCAUCGGACCUCCAGCAGCUCAAUGAAAUUCUGCAGUACGCAACGGUACCGACUCCAGAACUGCAGCGGCAGAAUGUCCCCGCUCGCAUUAGUGACUUGGUGGAAGCAAAUCGUCUGCCCCUCGUGCGAUUGUUGCAGCGCGAGUUACGCGAUGGGGUCGCUAAGAAUGCUCAGUCUACUCCGCAGCAUCACCCGAUGACCUCGCCAGAUAUCGCGCAGAUAAAGCAACAAGGUGCUGUCGGAAAUCCUGCGAUGGCCGUGCGGAGUGGACAGUAUGAACUUCAGCAGAACUCAUCUGGAUCUGCAGGCCCAGCGAUGACUGUCGCCUCGGUGAUAGCCACAGUACCAUUUCGACAUCGUACGCAGCCUGUAACGGAAGAGGAGUUGCUGAAUAACUUGAGGUUUAUCAAUUCGGUCAAGAGCGUGCUCAAUAUGACGCCUCGUCCUAUACCUGACGAUCAGAAGGCCCAAUUCAAUGCGGCAUUUGAGGAAUUGUGUCGCUGUGCUACCGAGACGGACUCCAAGCUGCGUCUUUAUCUUUGUUACAUCAGCCAGGAAGCCGUUCGGAAGUUGAUCGCAAUCAUUGUGUAUGCUCAGCAGCAGAAGAAACUCCUCGCUUCAUCGCAGUGUAUAAUGGACAUCCAGCAAAUGCGACAAAUGAUCAUUCUGAUGCAAGGCACGAGUGAGGCUUAUGCGCAACAUACACUAUCAUCGGCGUCCAACACCUCGCCUUCCCACUCCGCAGCGCCUGUGCCAUCACCCCCUCCACCGUUUGCUCUGCCUUCCUCGCAUACUACGAUCGCUCCUACCCAGUCGUCGCAGCAGGGUCUACAGUCUCGUCCGCCUCCCCAAUUUACGUCACAACAGAUGUCAUAUCCGACACAACCUCCGUUGCAGCCGCCUCAACACUCUCAACCCGCGCCAUCGCAGCAGCUGUCACCUUCAUCCCAGCCAAUUCCACCUACUCCGUCAUCGCACCUUGCAGCUACCGGUGGUGUCGCAAAGAAUGCUCAGGCUACCCCACUGCAGAACCCGAUGCCCUCACCAUACAUGGCGCGCAUAACGCAGCUAGGCCGGUCGUCUUCAGACACGAAGACGACUACGAUGUCUGCCCCGCCUCUGCACAUCAAUUUGACCAUCCCAGAGAACAGCCCCGCCCACUUCCUCAUCACUGUCCAUGACCUCACCGCAGCCACCUCUGUCCUUUCUCACCCUUCCGACGACCCCCCUUAUGGCAUCGCCGUCUCCUUCCGCCCCUCCUCCCGCCGUAUCUUCAUGAAUACUACUCUCAAGAUUGUCGCAGUAAUCUUGGCAGCGUUUCUCGGAGGCAUCCUCUGGCUGGCCGUGUCAAGUCUUGACGAAAUGGACCUCGUAGGGUAG